UCGUGAAGAAAUAGUAUUCAAAUUGGGACAUAAUUUUUCACAAGAGUUUAACUAUAAUGUCUGCUUAGCACAAGGUUUCAAGAGUUAAACAUAAUUUUUCACAAGAGUUUAACGAUUUAACAAAUUGCACAAGGUUUAAAGAAAUAGGAGUCAGCAAAUCGCAGAAGCAGUCGGGGAAGGUACAAAUGCUAUCAAUACUCACUCAAAUUCGCUAACCUCGUAGAAUACAGGGCCGUCUAUAUAAAUUCCUGUGACAGAUUUCAUUCGUCUGGAGCUCAAGAGAGCAAAGGGUUUAGGUUUUGUGGUCUAGGAUAAUGGCAGAAUCGGCAGCGGAUGUGCCGCCCGCGCCUCCUCCAUAUGCAGCGGUGGUUACGCCAGACGCCAAUGUGGACGCCUCGUCAGAGAAUUUAAAAUCAGGAGGCGGAGAAGAAACGGCUGAAAGCCGAGCGAAGCCGUGGCACGUGUACACGGCCGAGCAGGCGCAGGAGCUGAAGCAAAGUUUAGUGGAAUCCACCGACUCUGCCUUGCAAUCGGUAAGGAAUAAUUUCGGAGAGCUGCGGGCCAAUUCUUCAAUUCAUUAUCGAACAAUGCUGGAUCAUGUGCCGAAAAUUAGGAACCAGUAUAUUGUUUAUGAAGAUGCCUUCUUUAGAAAACUCAAGGAGGGCUUGUUUAUUGCUCGUGAGAACCCAACAACAACAUUUUCUGUAGCAGCUGGCCUUGGUCUCCUCCUUAUGAGAAGUCCAAGAAGAUUUUUAUUUCGACAUACUAUUGGUCGAUUCCAAAGUGAAGAAUCUUUGCUUGCAAAUGCAGAGAACAAGGUGAAAGAUUUGAGACAAUCAGUUGAACUACUGAAGAAUGAAAGUAAAAAGCUGCAGGAGAGGGCAACACUUGCUGAAGAAGAGUUGAAACGGGGACAAACAAAGCUUAAGCAUGCGGGAAAUCAGAUACAGAGCCUUGUACGUUCUGUCUACAAAACUGAGACUCAAGCAUCACGCUUAAUGGAUAACCUCAGAGAAAUUCCUGGAAGGGAGGCCUUGAAGCUCCGAGCAGAGGUUGCAUCGAUGGCUUCUGAUGCCAAAAGUCAAAGGAGUUCGCUGGUGAAACAAGUUUCAAAAAUUACUAAUCAUGGUAUCUCAGUUUGAUUGCUUCCAAAUCAGUGGAAAAGGCCAAUUUUUUGUGCAUCAUCAUUUUUCUCCAAGCCCAACCUUAUAAUAUGAAUGUUAGCACAUGUAUUAGAAAUCUCUCGCAAUUACCUUCUCAAUAUAUGAAAGAGACAUUUUUCUUUAGCUGAAAGAAGCUGAAUAAAAUUGCCGAAAGAUUAAAAAUCUUUUAAUGUUGGGAGUGGAUACACAUUGGAAAUUGCAAUUUGCUUAAGUUAUAGAGGCAAUUGCAGUUGGUAGUGAAAAUUGUGUGUUUAGAAGUUUCUCACAAUUACCUUCUGAAUAUAUGAAACUUGAAAGGGAUACUUUGUUUUGACUGAAGGAAGCUGAAUAAAAUUGCCGAUAAAUUAAAAAUCCUAUAAAUGCUGAGAAUGGAUACACAUUGGAAAUGCAGUUUGCUUAAGGUAGACAGGCAAUUGCAGUUGGUAGAGAAAAUUGUGUCCUUUUUCUGUUUAUUGUUGACCCACAGAAAUUAGAUAUCUCUAAUUCAAUGUAUUGGCAAGACUGUUAUGCCCCACCUAUUGUACUUUGCUGCAAUCAAAACUUAAAAAGAGUUGCGUAUUCGAUGCUUUA